AUGUUCUUUCCAGACUGUAAGGAGAAGCUUUCACAGCUGGAAUCGUCGGGUCACGCCAUUGAAGCUUGGCACAUUAAGGCUACAGCAUAUUCAAUCGAAGACCUAAAGCGGGAAAAUGAACAGCAAGAAGAAGCAUCCAGAGCUGACAUUUAUAAUUCAUUGAGAGUGAAGGGUGGUAAUGGACAAGACGUGGAGGGAUGGACCUGGGAGAACGCAAUCACAAAGUACUUUGCAAACCAUUCCCCUGUUGCGAGAGAUAUGUGUUCUCCAUGA